GUUGUAGAUUAUGGAAGAAAUGCUGUAUGAGCCGGAAUAUAUCGUCGAUAUGAAAGUAACGUCUGGCCGCUGUUUCUACCUCAUAAAAUGGAGAAAUUUUCCAGUGAGUGAUUGUACUUGGGAACCUACGGAGAAUCUUAUAAACUGUGGCACUUUGAUUGCUGAAUAUAAAAACUCCGAAAAAAACCAGCCACAACGAAGAGAGCUGAAAAAACGAGGCAGGAAGAAGAGGAAUCGGAAACUUUCAGUCAAUAAUUCUUUGAAUUUGGAAGAACGAACUGGCGAUGCAUCUUUUUGCAAGGAUAUAUCAAAAGAACAAACGCCGGUCAUAGGUGCGUCUGAAAGAUUAGAUUUCUCCAGUGUUGCAGCUUUGAUUUGCAGAGAACAGCGUAAGGAUACAACUCGGUUUAAAGCUGAACUCGUUGAUGGAAGUUCGGCAUGGAUAGAUGAUAGAGAUACUCAUAUGCACCUGAAAGAUCAGCUGAUCGAAUUCUACGAACGAAUUUUAAAUCUCAAGUCUCGUGAAAUGUAA